AUGGACUUCGAGGACGAUGGAGGGGAUUUCUACACAUCAGAUCCUCAGUUCAAAGAUGAUGACGAUCGCGACGUGCUCAAACCUGGCGUCCAUCAUCUGGGCCUGACCAAGACUUUCACACCCAGUUGGCGUCCCAGAGAUGCCUUCAGAGAGUUCUACCAAAACUGGAAGGAUGGCAUUAUUGAGUCAUUCGGAGUCGAUCCUCAUUCGAUAAACCCCAUUUUUGUCAGGAACGAUGACAAGGAGAUCCACAUCACCGUAUCUGACAAUACCACCUCCAGCAUGUCCCCGGGGCGAGGACGUCUGCUUGGCUACAUCAGAUUUCAGGCCAAGCAGGGCAGUCUAGAGCUAACGAACUUCAAAGCCAAACUUGAUCGGAAACAUCUUGACCUGGGUGAGACCAGUAAGCGGGGUAAUGAGGCACUGGCCGGAGGUCACGGUGAAGGGUUCAAGCUGGCUGCGCUUGUGAUGCGACGCAAUGGCCAUUCCGUCAGAUUUGAGACAAACUCUUUCUGCUGGAAUUUCAGCUUUCGAGGGAUUCGUCCUCGCCUUUGUUGCAUCUUGAGUGAACCAGGACCCAAGUUGGUCCGCGAUCAGCGAGAGGAAUACAACAGACGCGAAAUGGCAGGCGAUACCCAACGAGGCCUCACCUCUUACAUCUGGGAAGACAUGACGGUAAAGAUAGGGAAGUCCAAAUAUAGAGAAGGCUCUCAGAAGGUCUCAGAGGAAGACUUCCGAAAGUGGAUGGAUGUCUCUAUCGAUCUGGAUCCUCCUGAAACCACCGGGAUUGUUCGCACCACCACGGGAGACCUCAUACUCGAUCCUCGCUUUCGUGGUCGCAUUUACCUCCGUGGGCUUCUCGUGGCUCAGACCUCUGGCUAUGCGCAAAAUGACAAAGGCUAUUGCUUUGGCUAUAAUUUCUACAACGGCCAGAUCAAUCGAGACCGCCAACGGAUGGCAAGCCCACAUGAAGAGGCUAACGCCAUGGCUAGUAUCUGGACGCAGGCUAUCCAACUAAAGGGAGAUUGGGUCAUCGAUGCCUUCGUCAAACUAUUCGCCGAUGAUGAAGCGGCACACGAUGUCGAACAUUCCUACAAGUUCAUAUCUCGAUUGACGGCACAGAGUAUCUGCAGACGCCUGAAAGAGUCCCAGCCAGAUGCAUUCUUCUACUCGGAAAGAGAUGCAUCUCGACAGAACGCCACCACAGAUGAGGACAUUAUCUUGAGAGAGCUCAAAAAACAACCCUUGAAGCUAGGGAAGAAACUCUGGACGAUCCUCAGACAAGAGCCGCCUCUGAUGCGGACGCCCCUCGAGGAGAGAGAUCACUUGUUCGGCACAUCACAACCCAUAAAGCCAGACAUGGACAUAUUUGGCCUCAGCAUUAUCCACGCAUUGAAUGGCACAUUCGCGCAGGACCCAAAGAUGGGAAACAUUCGAAUUGAGUUUGUCGACGGGGCUGACACCGAUAUCGACCUUCUCUACUCGAGUGAUCAAGCUCUACUCCAAAUACAUGCAAAGUGGCUCGACGUUGUCCGCGUACACCAAGGAUCCAGUUGCGAGUUCUUUCAAGUUGCUGGAGAACAGAUGACUGACGAAAGUGCCUUCUUCUGCGACCAUGUCGUCCAGGAUCUGCUAGAGGCCGCUUUCGACGAAAUCCGCGAGCAGCUCGAACUGACCCCGAUGACCGCCGCGCGUCUUCGACGACAAGCUGUGGAGUAUCUCCGAAAAAUGCCACGGGCUAUCAAAAUGAGCAGCGCGAAUGGGGGCAGGAAGCUAAAGGUGGAAUGGGCUGGCAACGAGAGUGGAGCUUUCAUGUUAAGAUAUGGGUCAAAUAUCCACUACUGGGUCACCGUCCACAAAGAGCGCUCAUGUCGACAAAGAAAGACAGAGGUCUUGAAUGUGGCCGGAGUCAAGUUCUCAGAUCCCAGUCAAGCCUCUGGACAACCCGAACAAGCAGAGAGCCUCUGCGAUUGCCCGACUCGAACAGUGUCGCAAGCUCAUUCUGAAGUGGUCUUUGAUGGCUUAGAUCCCAGUGAGGUUUAUUUUCCGAUGGUAUCAAGAGCGGAGGCACCAUCCUUUUUCGGACUGCCGCCAACCUCAAUCGAUGAGGUCUCGGACACAGACAUGGACUUGGACUUGGAAUUGCAACCAGAACCCGACUCAAUAUCCGACACAUGGGAAGAUGAUGGUGAUUCUGGUCAGGAUAUGCGAGUCCCUCCACGCGACCAUCCACAGGUCCAUCCACGGGCCCCUAAACUUGUCAGUCGUCCAAAGGUUGAUUCAAUGGAGACAACGAGACUGCAAAAAGAUGAGCAAGAUUGGCUGGCGUGGCAGCAACAACACCUCCAGCCAGGCUUUUCUUCGGCGCCACGGGAGUCUUUUCUACUGAAUGUAAUAUUCCUUUUUGCACUUCUCUCCGAAGGCCUGAAUAUUACUUUCGAGAAAAACCACUACUACCGCAUCCAAUUGGAAGGCGAAGAAGGUGAACAGGUCAUCUUUGUUCACAAUAUCUCACAGAGUACCAACAUCCCCUCGGAAGGGAGAUAUUUCUUCCUUGUCACCAAGUACUCGGCCCUCAGCUCUAUCCUUCCAUCUGAGCAGCCUCGAGAGAUUGGAAACCCAGCAUUGGUGGAUCAAGAAGUGGUUUUGCACUUUAGUGACUUUGACAAGAUGCGAAUGUCACAGGAUGCAGAGACCAUUUCCCUUGACGAUAUUCGAUCUGCACAGGGGGUGAGCACUGGCAUCAGUCAUGUUUCCCGGCAUCACCCAGACAUGGACCCCCAAAGACUCUUCUGUCGGUUUGCCGUGUCCAAGGCACAUACAGAUGGCGGUGUUACCACAAUAACACCAUUGGCAUCCCAUCUCUUACUGCAUGAUGGUGAUCAUUGGGAGAGACCCAGCUUUCGCAGUGACGCGGUGCCGGUAGCGUUUGAUCUAAGUCCCUCUGUCUUGGGUGUUUCAGAGGGAUUUGCAGGGAGGGGCUUCAAGAUUCAGGCAGCGUUUGGGGUAGACGAAUCGAGACACCAUACAUGGCUGAACCGACACCUCGUGGCUACAUGCUUUGACGGUACGAUUUGCAAUGUGUUGAAGGACUUCGACUCAGGGAAGCUCCUCCCGCUACAGCUCCCCGAUCCCGCGCCUCCAAAGGUGCUUCUCUUCGCGCCCGAACAUCAAUGCUUCCGACUGAACAUGCAGAAUCGUCAGAUGCCGACGUUGCGCCAGUUUCUCAAACCCCUCGACGGUGUUGACAAGGCUGUAGAGGUAUUGAAACCCGAUUUCGUCGUCAUGUUAUUGCCUCUGGCUGUUUGCCAUCCGUCAGCGGUUGCGAGAUUCGCCAGAACGCGUCUUAGACUUCUAGAGAGGGGAUUUGCCGUCCACUCGAUGCUGAUCUCACUGAGAGAUUAUGGACUCCCGCAAGAACGGAGCAUUCUUGCAGUUGUAGCAUCGCUCUUUGGCGUGCCUCUAUCCUGGAAGUUCGACCGCUAUACCACGAGAUCUGAACAGCCUAGCACAAUUGGCAGCUUGAUUGAAGACUUGGCUUUCAAGAAUCCUCGCGUUCGGACGGAGUCGAAUACAGGGUUUGUGUGCUUGCCUCCGGCCGUGCAGGGCUCUGAAGGCGAAACGUCCACGGUUGGCCAUGUCUACAAUCACUACACAGGCAUUCGCGUUGCGUCUGACGCCGAGACUAUCUCGAUAGCCGGCACUAUCCCUUUCUCCCUGUUCAAUGAUCAGAAGCAGUGGAUCCAUCCAGUCCGACAAGACCGGGUAACCGUCCGCGAGCUCGCCCGUGUGCAAGGUAUUCCCGAUGAAUUGCGAUUUUUUGGAUCGACAGAAGAACAGUACGGAACAGUUUGCAAAGCCAUUCCUCCGGUUGUGGCUAAAAUGAUUGCGCAUACAAUCUAUGAGGCGAUUGGAUACUCGCGGGUUGUCACUGUCAGUGCUGCAGAGGCAAGCCCCAGAAGAAACAAGAGAGCUAGAGCACAGUAA